AUGCCUUCCCUCAAGGAACAGUUCGAAGAGGCCGCCAAGGAUGUCAACAACCUCAAGGCCAAGCCCUCAAACGACCAGCUCUUGAAGCUUUACGGACUCUACAAGCAAGCUACAGUGGGUGACGUCAACACAGAACGGCCUGGAGCCAUGGCCUUCAAGGAGAAGUACAAGUGGGACGCAUGGAAGGAGCUGGAGGGAACAUCAGAGGAGGAUGCCCAGGAGCAAUACAUCAAGCUCGUUGACGAGCUGAAGGCCAGCCUUGGAUUCUAA